UUACUUGAUUUUUGUAAAUCUAAACAUACACAAAAUAUAAUUCUCUCUCCUAUCUCUGAUCCGUCUUUUUUUAGCAACCUCCGACCGCCCACACUUCUCCGGUGAAAAUCCAUCCGACAGACUCCCUCUGGAUACAUGCAAAAAUGUACCACUAUACUAAGUGCACAGGUACAAAUCUCAUAUAUGAAUUUAAAUUGCAGUGGUACAAAUAUCAGUGCAGUGGUACAAAAAUUAGUGCAGUUCAACAAGCAUUCAAGCCGACCUAUCCUCGUCGGGGUACUUUUUCCCCCACCACUUCUCACCUUGCUCGUAUACAACUUGUCCCAAGGUUUUUCUUUUUUACGUUUCUUUUCUUUUCUUUUAUGUGUUUGCAUGUUCAGAAACUAGUUUUGAACAUUGGGGACAAUGUUCCAUCCUAAGAGCGGGGUGGCGAGUUUUAGUUUCGUUUUAGAGUAUGUAUUUGCAUAUAAUACUUGGUGAAUGUGAGUCGUUUCUACUUUGUUUGAUGUGUUGUGUCUUGAACUUGAUAGUCUAUAAUUUUGUUGCUUGAAAUGAUUGUGUAAAUUAUUUGUGAACUUAUUAUGCAUUUGUGAACUUAUGCAUUAUUUGUGAACUUAUUAUGCAUUAGUGUAUGAUUUUGUAAAUUAUUUGUGAACUUAUUAUGCAUUAUUUGUGAACUUAUUAUGCAUUAGUGUAUGAUUGUGUAAAUUAUUUGUGAACUUAUUAUGCAUUUGUGAACUUAUUUGUGAACCUAUUAACCGAACGUUUUUCACACGACAUAAUUUCCUAUCGAAUCGAUAGUGGAUUAAAUAGGAAAUUAGGCGAUCAUUUUAGGGAUACCGCUCUUCAGACUAAUUAAUUAGUUCAGUUAACUAUGAUAGUAGAAAUCGUCUUAAUCAGUUAGUACGUGGUAAUUCUUUAUAGAGAUAGCUAUCAAUUUAGAGGUAUCCCGACCGAAGAAAUAUGGAUUAAAUUGAUUAGCAAGAGAAAUUAAAUUCUUCGAGGUAAAUAGUAAAAUCUUGUGUUUCCCCCUAAAAUUAUCCAAAGUUAAUUUCUCCAAAAUAUUUCAUUUAUUGCUUUUCAUUAUUGAUUUUCAUUAUGUUUUAUCAGCUAAUUAUUUGUGGUUUUCUUUGCUUUGUGGCCAUGGCCACAAUCAAGUCAAAGCCUCACAGAUAGUAGCACUUACUUGAUUGAAGAAGGGGUGAUUAUGCAAGAGAUUUUCUCGGAUUGAUGAAUGUUAUUUUAUAGGGAUGCUUAUUUAUUUUAAGGUGUAAUUUAACAUGUAAUUUCCCGAUAUUAUCAUGAUAACUUAUUUUGCUAUUGAAGAAGUUCUUCAUGUGACAACUCUUGUAACUAAAAGACUUAUAGGUGACAAUAUUAUUGUCACAAAUAAGAUGUAUUUGUAAUUACUCAAGUUCUUUACUAAUGAGGUCAAUUUUGUGAUGAUAUUUGAAUAAGAAAAAACUUUUGUGACAAAUUAGAUCAUCACUAAUGUAUAUUGUUGCCUACAAUACAUAGUCGUCACAAAUAUUAUCAUAUUGAUAUAUGACAAAACUGUUUGUCACAAAAAUGUGAUAAAAAAAUUUUUUGUCACCAAUGUUGCAGCUGCAUAGCAAUAUCCUUGUGACAAAAACAUGAUUUUGUAACAAAAAUAACAUUUUCUCGCAAAGCUAUUGUCGUAGAGGUGGUUCAUUUAUAACAACUUAAACUGGUCACAUUUGAAAUUCAUCUGGUGACGAUUCAAACUCGUGAGAAGACGUUUUAUGUGACAACAAAUCCCCUCAUGAAUAAAACAUAUAUGUGUUGGUUAAUACUUGUCAACAAGUGUUGCCUAAAAUAGUGUUGGAUAAGGAGUAUACAUAUGCAAUACUCUUAUUUUUGUUGCAAAAGCUGAAAAAAUUGUUACCUAUUACAUUAGGUAACACUACGAAAAGUGUUGCAUAUCGCAUAUACAACACUUUCAACACUUCUUACAACACAUUUCAUGUGUUGGAAAAUCUCACUUUUCUCGUAGUGAGCUUGGAACCUGAUAGGAAAUUCAAAAUAAAAUCAUCCUAUCAAGCAGCGGAGGAAUGGUUUCGGGACGACGACUCUGAGGCCGACGAACAAGCCUGCCAAGCGAGAUGGAAAAGUCUGUGGAAGUGGAACGAUCCGAGUCACAUCAAACUAUCUCUAUGGUUGGCAUUCCAUGACCGCCUAAUGACUAAUGCUGAAAGGAAACGAAGGAAGCUCUAUGCUAAUGACGCUUGCCCGCUCUUCCAAGAAGCUGCCGGGACUACUGAUCACAUUUUGCGUCUCUACGCGAAGACAAAAGAGGUUUGCCAACAAUUGGGUUUACUGGAUAACACUCUCGCUCUUAAUUUGACAGAAUGGAUGGCGACGCAUCUUAAGAAUCCUCACCACGACCUGAUGUUUGGUGUAGCAACCUGGUAUUAUGGAAGCAAAGAAACAAAUGGUCUUCCAGCCUAAACACCAAACUGCCCUCAUAUUCAAAGGUGGACGAGAAAGAUCGCUCAAGUCAAAGCAAGUGAUACCAUGAUCCACACACAUAAGCAUUAGAAAAACCUCCAAGAAAUUUCAUGGGCACCUCCACCCUAAGGUUGGAUCUCAAUCAACAGAAACAGUUCUGCUCAAACUUGGGGACUUGCACCAUAACCUGAGCGGAAAUCAAAGGUGCCAUUGAAGGUUUGCAGCUUGCCUUGAAGCAGGGUUAUAGGAAGGUUGUUCAAGUCGAUUCCAUGACUGGUUUCACCUUUCUUACAACCUAAGAGAUUGAUGCAAAGAGAUACUACAAUCUGCAACGUGAGUUCCAACAACUCUUACAGCAAAACUGGGAGAUAAAUAUCUCUCACAUAUAUAGGGAGUGCAACAAAGCAAUUGAUUACUUAGCCAACCGUGUUCAUUCGUUGAGUAUAGAAUGUCAUAUUCUUGAGAACUCUGCCUAGGGUCUUGCUUUUUGGACCAUGUAUCGAUACAAUGGGCAUUGUCCAAUCUUGUUUAAUAUAAGUGCCAAGCAAGGGCGCUCUUUUAGCGUCCGGUUUUUUAUAUAAAAAAUGUGGAUGGUCUAACGGCAACUAACAAAACACACUAGCCAUAUCAGUAACUAACAAAAUACUGAACAGUUUAUAAUGACAAAAUUGCAAGAUUUUUACCCAGAGCAGGGUUGUGCCAUGACCCGGGGGCCAUCCCCUAAAUCUGCCACUGCUAUGUACAUAUGUACAUCUAAAGAACAGAUGGUCUCGCUCCUUUAUAUCCCUCAUACAUAACUGAACAAGGAUUGAAAAAUCAAAUCGUACCGGCGGUUGACCAGAAAAACCUUAUAGCAUAUGCUAAACCGGUAGGUGGUAUUUAGUGAACAUGAAAUGGUUGAACUACGAUUUCAGAAUAAAAUACCAUACCUCUGAAUAUUCCAUUACAACCUCCAGUACAGUUUUACAAUUCUUGAUUGAGGGACAACAUUCACAUUAGGUGAUCUCGUUCUUCUAUAGACCAUCAUUUUCGUUGAUCAUUGUUUUACAAUUUGGCAUUUUCAAACAUUAAACUAUAAAUACAUGUAUUCGAUAAAUAUAACCAACUUUUAUUCCAUCCCAUUGUUUUUAUAAUCAAUCAACUUUAAUUAUAUAUAUAUAUAUAUAUAUAUAUAUAUAUAUAUAUAUAUAUAUAUACCGAGCAAUGAAUGGUGCAUCAUUAGAAUGGGUGAGAAAAGUCAUAACUAUAUAAAUAAAAUACUAUUUAGGUGGCUUGAUGUAGAAAAGGAAACGUCAGCGAAAAACGCGGUGGGCAGGGCGGAGCAGUAGCAUGGGCAAAAGGACGAAAUGCAGAGAGCUUAAAUAUUCAUUAGUUACUCUGUAACUGUGACGUUGGUAGACAGUAGUGCAUAAUUGUGCAGGUCUCUGAAAAACUGACGAUCCCCAUAUGAGCGCCCUAGCCGGCGGAUCCCAACACCGAUUCGUCGCCGCCCCCGAUCGUCAGCAGCCAGCUAGACGGGGUCAAACUGACCACCGCUCUCUUUGACUGCCACGUGGUAAGAAACUACCAACAUCAAUCAACAAUCUAGCCGCAGUAGCAGGUAAUGGGACGGGACGGGACGGGAAAAAGGCCAGCUCAGCUCCCCCGUCGAUCGUCACCACGUUCAUUCAUGCCCAUCCCUUCUCUUUUCCUCUCUCAGCUGGUCUUCUUCAACCGGUCAAACCUAUAUCCAUGGCCUUCUCCAUUUCUUUCUUCGGGCCAUGCACCCAAUCUCUCUCUCUCUCUCUCUCUCUCUCAAGCUAAGCUCUUCUUUUCAUGAUUUUCCACGGAUUUCUUGAACCAUUCCUUUCAUACCAUCUCUCUCUAUCUGGUGUGGAAUUGCUGCAUGCAGAGAGAGAAGAACCUAUAGGUAGCUCGUGAAAGCCGUGGAAUAUUGUUUCGUCUGUGUCUCCUCCUGGCCUGCCUUGCUUCUUCGACGUAUGAAUGAGUUGACAGUAGUGUUGAUGAGUGCCAUUUCGCUAAUGGUGAUUAAGUAAAUGUUCUUCGGAGCACUGUCGUUUCCUUUGUUAAUUUUGUUUCAAUUGAUGUCCUUUUUCCUUGUCCUUUAAUUUCCUACCUUGCUAAUUGUGGAUACAAAGGCGAGCACUUCUACUAUGCUAUAUAGCAUUGGUGCUUUAAUGUACAACUUAAAGUUGUACUUGUACCAUAACAUUACAUGUAUAAGUUUAGGUUGUACCAUAAAGCAAUUUGUACCAUUAUGUUAUGGUACAACUUUACAACUUGAAGUUGUACCAUCACAUAAAGGUACAAGUUCAAGUUGUACCAUAAAAGAAUUUGUACAAAAAGUAUAGGUACAAUCUGAAGUUGUACCAUAACGUAAAUGUACAAUUUUAAGUUGUACCAUAAAGGCAAAAACCUAUAGCACCAAUACUAUAUAGCAUUGUAAAAUUUCUCUACAAAGGCUAGCUAAUUAAGGUCAUCCGAUCCUAGCUCGGAUCGCACAUGCAGUGCAAGGAUGAUGUUCCUGGAGCUCCAACUCCGAUCGCUACUUGAAAUUAAAGUAUCGACACUAAUUAAUAUGUUGCAUGGUGUCUGUAAUCAUUGGAAAAUUCUUAGCUCCAACCUUGGUUGGACGCAGAAGCUCCAACAAUCCAAGGUGUCAGUUUGUUAUUGGUGAAUUCACCUUCUUUUUUUCUUAAUAUUUAAUUAUGCUAAGUAAAUCAAAAAUUAAAAUAUUAAAAAAAUGAUGAAAUCACUAAUAGAAACCUGACAUGUGGCUGGUUGGAGCUUCUGCGUCCAACCAAGGUUAGAACUAAGAAUUUUCCGUAAUAAUUUUGGUUCGCCAACAUUUAUUUGCACAUUGAUUAUGUAAAUAUUAUUGCGUCUCCUUGCUAACGAUUUGAGGGUCCGAUUGUCAAAUUUAUUAACAACUCCAAUUGUUGAGUGAAGAAGGAUACCUAGCUUGGUGCCUACUUCGUGGAUUUGGUGUUCAUUAUAUUCAUGCAUGGUCAAACCAAUUUUUGGGAAAUGGUUUUGAUUUGUUUAAACCCCAUCCUGCACGUCCUUGUUCAAAUUUUCGUAAUUGGAAUUUUAACAUAGUACAUUGGUGUCUAAUUAUGAUUUUCUGUUGUUUUGCGGACUUUUCAAUUGGUGGAUAGUUGCAUCAUGGCGGGUGAGCGUCAUGCUCUUGCGAGUGGUUCGGGUUGAUAGAUCCGUGAGAGGCGGUUAUGAACGGGUGCAGGUUUCAUGUGUCGCACUGCAGUGUAAUUUUUUCUUUGCGCUUUCAUAUCUAAAUUUGUGUCGUAUCCAUUGCCAUUGUAAUUUUGUCUUUACGGGUUUUACGAGCGAGCAUUUUCUUUUUAAUUAAUAGCACAAAUUCUU